UCUUUUCUUUGCCUCCGCUGCCGGCCGAGGGGGCGGGCUCUGCAGCCUUUGUUGCCAGCGGACUGAGCGCAGCCGCCCGCCGGGCCGGAGUCCGGGCCCGGGACGCCGGGAGCUGCACGCGGGUCGGGCAUGUCCUGAGCCGGACCCGGGACCGGGCAGCGAGCGGACGAGACGAAGAGUGUGCGCGCGGGAUCGCCCGGCGGCCGCCCGGCACCGGCCAUGCCCGGCGGCCCGAAUCCCCGCAGCCCCGCGCUGCUGCUGCGCCCACUCCUCCUGUUCCUCUGCGCUCUGGCGCCCGGCGCCCACGGAUCUGUACCAGAGCACACCGCCGAGGGCCGGGCAGCGUUGGACAUCGUGCACCCGGUGCGCGUGGACGCGGGGGGCUCCUUCCUGUCCUACGAGCUGUGGCCGCGCGCGCUGCGUAAGAGGGACGUGUCCGCGCGCCCCGCCGCGCCCGCUUUCUACGAGCUGCAGUACCGUGGCCGGGAGCUGCGCUUCAACCUGACAGCCAAUUCGCACCUGCUGGCGCCCGGCUUCGUGAGCGAGACUCGGCGGCGCGGCGGCCUGGGCCGCGCGCACAUCCGGGCCCACGCCCCCGCCUGCCACCUGCUCGGCGAGGUGCAGGACCCUGAGCUCGAGGGUGGCCUGGCAGCCAUCAGCGCCUGCGACGGCCUGAAAGGUGUGUUCCAGCUCUCCAACGAGGACUACUUCAUUGAGCCCCUGGAUGGUGUCCCAGCCCGCCCUGGCCGCGCCCAGCCACACGUGGUAUACAAGCGCCAAGCCCCUGAGAGGUGGGCAGAGCCGGGGGACCCCAGGGCUCCAGGCACCUGUGGGGUGAAAGAGUCCCCGGAGCUGGAGCCCCGGCGGGAGCGUUGGGAGCAGCGGCAGCAGUGGCGGCGGCAGCGGCCGAGGCGUCUACACCAGCGUUCGGUCAGCAAAGAGAAGUGGGUGGAGACCCUGGUGGUAGCCGAUGCUAAAAUGGUGGAGUACCACGGGCAGCCAAACGUCGAGAGCUACGUGCUGACCAUCAUGAACAUGGUGGCCGGCCUGUUUCAUGACCCCAGCAUCGGGAACCCCAUCCACAUCACCGUUGUGCGCUUGGUCCUGCUGGAAGAUGAGGAGGAGGACCUAAAGAUCACUCACCACGCAGACAACACCCUGAGGAGCUUCUGCAAGUGGCAGAAAAAUAUCAACAUGAAAAGGGACGCCCACCCGCUGCACCACGACACCGCCAUCCUGCUCACCAGGAAGGACCUGUGUGCCGCCAUGAACCAGCCCUGCGAGACCCUGGGCCUGUCCCACGUGGCGGGCAUGUGCCAGCCUCACCGCAGCUGCAGCAUCAAUGAGGACACGGGCCUGCCCCUGGCCUUCACCGUGGCCCACGAGCUCGGGCACAGUUUUGGCAUUCAGCAUGACGGAAGCGGCAAUGACUGUGAACCCGUUGGGAAACGGCCUUUCAUCAUGUCUCCACAGCUCCUGUACGACGCUGCGCCUCUCACCUGGUCCCGCUGCAGCCGCGAGUACAUCACCAGGUUCCUUGACCGUGGGUGGGGCCUCUGCCUGGAUGACUCUCCCACCAAGGAUGUCAUCGACUUCCCUUCGAUACCACCUGGCGUCCUCUAUGACGUGGGCCACCAGUGUCGCCUCCAGUAUGGGGCCUACUCUGCCUUCUGCGAUGACAUGGACAAUGUCUGCCACACGCUCUGGUGCUCCGUGGGGACCACCUGUCACUCCAAGCUAGAUGCAGCUGUGGAUGGUACCAGGUGCGGGGAGAGCAAGUGGUGUCUGAAUGGGGAGUGCGUUCCCAUGGGCUUCCGGCCCGAGGCCGUGGACGGUGGCUGGUCUGGCUGGAGCGCCUGGUCCGUCUGCUCCCGGAGCUGUGGCGUGGGCGUGCAGAGUGCCGAGCGGCAGUGCACGCAGCCUGCGCCCAAAUACAAGGGCAAAUACUGCGUGGGUGAACGGAAGCGCUUUCGCCUGUGCAACCUGAAGGCCUGCCCCGCCGGCCGCCCCUCUUUCCGCCAAGUCCAGUGCAGUCACUUUGACGCUAUGCUCUACAAGGGCCAGCUGCACACGUGGGUGCCCGUGGUCAAUGACGUGAACCCCUGCGAGCUGCACUGCCGGCCCUCGAAUGAGUACUUUGCUGAGAAGCUGCGGGACGCUGUGGUCGAUGGCACCCCCUGCUACCAGGGCCAGGCCAGCCGUGACCUCUGCAUCAACGGCAUCUGCAAGAAUGUGGGCUGCGACUUCGAGAUUGACUCGGGUGCCGUCGAGGACCGCUGCGGCGUGUGCCACGGCAACGGCUCCACCUGUCACACCGUGAGCGGGACCUUCGAGGAGGCUGAGGGCCUGGGGUAUGUGGACGUGGGGCUGAUCCCAGCCGGUGCUCGCGAGAUCCGCAUCGAGGAGGUGGCCGAGGCCGCCAACUUCCUGGCCCUACGCGGCGAGGACCCGGAUAAGUACUUCCUCAACGGUGGGUGGACCAUCCAGUGGAACGGGGACUACCAGGUGGCGGGGACCACCUUCACAUAUGCGCGCACAGGCAACUGGGAGAACCUCACAUCCCCGGGUCCCACCGACGAGCCUAUCUGGAUCCAGCUCCUGUUCCAGGAGAGCAACCCUGGGGUGCGCUACGAGUACCUCAUCCACAGGGAGGCGGAUGGCCGUAGCCAGAUCCAGCCCCCCGAGUUCUCCUGGCACUAUGGGCCCUGGACCAAGUGCACAGUCACCUGCGGCACAGGGAUGCAGAGGCAGAGCGUGCGCUGCAUGGAGCGGCAGGCGGGGCCCGUGGACGAGAGGCACUGUGAGCCCCUGGGCCGGCCCGAUGACCGUCAGAGGAAGUGCAGCGAGGAGCCCUGCCCCGCCCGGUGGUGGGCAGGUGAGUGGCAGCUGUGCUCCAGCUCCUGCGGGCCUGGGGGGCUCUCCCGCCGGGCCGUGCUCUGUAUCCACAGCGUGGGGCUGGAUGAGCAGAGCGCCCUGGGGCCACCUGCCUGUGAACACCUGCCCCGGCCCCCUGCCGAAACCCCUUGCAACCGCGAUGUGCCCUGUCCGGCCACCUGGGCUGUGGGGAACUGGUCUGAGUGCUCUGUGUCCUGCGGCCCAGGCAGUCAGCACCGAAGCAUCCUCUGCACCAACGACACUGGUGUCCCCUGCGCUGAGGACCAGCGGCCAGCAAGCGAGGCCACCUGCCUUCUGCCGCCCUGCCCGAGGGCCCUGGACGUGCUGGGCCCCGAAGGCUCAGGCAGCGGCUCCUCCAGCCGCGAGCUCUUCAACGAGGUCGACUUCAUCCCUCACCGCCCAGCCCCACGCCCUCCGCCCCCCUCGUCAGCCAAGCCGGCUGGCAUGGGCAACGCCAUCGGGGAGGAGGACCCUGAGCUGGGCCCGCCGGGGCCCGUGUUCGUUGACGACUUCUACUACGACUACAAUUUCAUUAACUUCCACGAGAACCUGUCCUACGGGCCCUUCGAGGAGCCUGACGCAGACCUGGCAGGCACAGGGGAUCGGAUGCCCCCACCCCUGAGCGGUGCUGCCGAGCCUCCUGUGGGCACCCCCAUGCCCACCACAGAGCCUUCUGGGCCUGAGGAUGAGGGGGCACUGGGAGAUUGGUCCCCUGCUCCUUGGCCCAGCCAGGCUGGCCGUUCCCCACCCCCACCCUCGGAGCAGAGCCCUGGGAACUCCUUGGUCAAUUUCUUAUUUGAGGAAGAUGCCCCCGUGGGAGCCCCAGACCUUGGGCUCACCAGCUUGCCUUGGCCCCCGACUUCGGUCAGCGUGGAGACGCCUGCCGCCCCUGGGAGCCAGAACGGGCUCCUGGGAGGGGGGGACAGCCACAGCCAGCCGCCGCCUCCCUGGUGGGAGAGGACCAAUGAGGUUUCCGAGGACAGCGAGGAAGCCUUGGGCCGCAGAGCGCCCCAAAGACCCAGCCCCACGCUGCCCCCCUCGUCCCCCAUCAGCACCUCCCACUCCUUUCCUAGUCCCGACACAGUAGAGCUGUGGACGAGUGGCACCUUGGCCUGGGAACCAGCACUGGAGGGUGGCCCGGGGCCUGUGGACAGUGAGCUGUGGCCCACCGUUGGGGGCGCUCCUCCCACCGCCAAUCUGCCAGACACUCAGGGUACAGACAGUGCCCUGGAGCCCGGGACUCCCACCCUUCCCACCCCAGGCCUGGCUCUACAGGACCUGCAGACCCUGGCGAUGCCAGGAACCUUCCUUCUGAAGGCUCCGACCGGCCUAGGGCACGCGCCUUGGGUGACUGCCCUGAGCCUGGGGCCCUUGGGCCAGCCUGAGUCCCCCAGCCCUGAGACGCCCCUAAGCCCUGUGCUGCUGUCCACACCAGCUCAGGACAGUCCGGCCAACGGCAGCCGAGCCCCUGGGCCUCUGGACCCCAGCCCAGCAGAGGAGGGGCCCCCCGUAUACCUGCUGCCCGUCAGGAAUGCCAGCUGGCAAGUGGGGAACUGGAGUGAGUGCUCUACCACCUGCGGUCUGGGUGCUGUCUGGAGGCCCGUGCGCUGCAGCUCCGGCCGAGAGGAGGACUGCACUCCCGCAGCCCGGCCCCAGCCCGCCCGCCGCUGCCACCUGCGGCCCUGCGCUGCCUGGCACACGGGCAGCUGGAGUAAGUGCUCCCGCAGCUGUGGCGGGGGUUCCUCCAUGCGGGACGUGCAGUGUGUGGACACACGGGACCUCCAGCCGCUGCGGCCCUUCCACUGCCAGCCGGGGCCUGCCAAGCCACCUGCCCGCCGGCCCUGCGGGGCCCAGCCCUGCCUCAGCUGGUACAUCUCUUCCUGGAGGGAGUGCUCCGAGGCCUGCGGUGGUGGUGAGCAGCAGCGUCUGGUGACGUGCCCAGAGCCGGGCCUCUGUGAGGAGGCGCUGAGACCCAACAGCACACGGCCUUGCAACACCCACCCCUGUACGCAGUGGGUGGUGGGGCCCUGGGGCCAGUGCUCAGCCCCCUGCGGUGGUGGCGUCCAGCGGCGCCUGGUCAAGUGCGUCAACACCCAGACUGGGCUGCCUGAGGAAGACAGCGACCAGUGUGGCCACGAGGCCUGGCCCGAGAGCUCGCGGCCAUGCGGCACCCAGGACUGUGAGCUCACUGAGCCUCCGCCCCUAGGCUGCGAGCGCGAUCGCCUGUCCUUCAGUUUCUGCGAGACGCUGCGCCUGCUGGGCCGCUGCCAGCUGCCCACCGUCCGCACCCAGUGCUGCCGCUCCUGUCCCCCACCCGGCCGUGGUGCCCCCUCCCGCGGCCGUCAGCGGGUCGCCCGCCGCUGACCCACACCCCGGCCCCCCGCGGCCAGGAUGCACAGCCAGACCGAUGCACGGACCUCAGCGCCCAGCAGGACCUCAGUGCCCAGCACGGGCUGCGGUGGAGCCCCGCCCCUCGCGCCCUAAUGGUGCUAACCCGGCCCCCCGACAGUGGCAGGCUGGGGACCCUUCCCCCUCAGAAAAGGUAUUUUUUUAUUCUAACAGUUUGCCUAACAUUUAUUAUUAUUAUUGUCAUUGUUACACAUAAACAGGCAUCUGCCGUUUCGAAGUACAGCUUGGCUUCCUCUUGGAUUAGGGGAAUUUCAAGUCAGAAACUACACCUCUGCUGCGGCCGACAGCAUCUUUCCAUCUGCUCCUCUGGGAGGCCCACAGGGGAGAAGGGAGCAGAGCCCAUGUGGGCAGGAAGGCCUGAGGGAGCAGAGCGGAGGAGGGCUUCCUAGAGGCGGUGUGUGCAGGGCUUCAGACGGCCGGGUAACAGGCGGCAGGAGCGUUUUCUGGGCACCAGGCGCAGCCUGGCAGAGGCCCGGGGGUGCUGGUCCCUACUCACAAUCCUUCCACACCUCCACUUCAUGCCCCCUGCCCAGGCCCCCCAGCCCUUUCCCCCAUGUCCCCACUCUGCGGUCUUCACCAGAGACUCGUGUUUCACAGGGAUUGAGCCACACGCCCUUAGAGGAGCAAGGCCCAUCUGGUCACCAGCAGGGACUGCCCCCUGGAGUGAACCCCAUGGACACAUCCCCGGCCCCCUCUGCUUCAUCUGUUAACUCUUAACUCUUUAUCUGCACCAAAGGGAUGGAGGGAGGGGCUGUCUGGCCAGACACACCCUUCUCGGCCCCCACUUGUCCCUUUCUUUC